CAAUGUAUCAGCUAGCACACUUCCUGUGUGAGCAGUUGUCAGUGAAAGUGCAUUCAUAUGUUGAGCGUCACAGCAUGAACCUCUUCGUCUUCACGGUCCUUGGGUCUGGCAUUGCCGUGGUUGCCGCCAUGGAUGGUUGCCACAGCGACAGAGACAAGGACCACCGACCACGGCUCAACUGUACGGCGGUUGGCUUAAGUCACGUUCCCGCAGAUCUCGAUCCCAUGACCAAGGUUUUCUUGUUUCCAAGGAACUUGAUCUCCAGCCUGUCCUGGGAAACCUUCCACACCUUCAGUGAGGUCUACGAGAUUGACCUGACGUCCAACCAGAUUCCUCAAGUGACACCAGGCGUCGGGCCGCUUCUCCAGCACCUCGCUGUCCUGCGACUGGGACACAACCGUCUCACAUCUCUGUUGGGCAUGUCCUUCUCCGCCUGCCCCGCCUUGACAGAACUCUUUCUGGACAACAACGCCAUUGAGUCUCUUCAUGGCGAUACUUUCAUAGGACUUGGCAACCUGAAGAUCCUGGACCUAUCGGCCAAUCACAUCAGCGUUCUUCCACCCCUCUUGCUGUACCCUCUUGUCGCCAUAGUAACGCUAUACCUGGAAAACAACAAGAUCAGCGUGCUUCCAGAUGAUUGGUUCAGCCAGAAGGAGUGGGUUCCCUACCUCUACCUGUCAGCCAAUCCAUGGGCGUGUUUCUGCACACUAACUUAUCUCCACACGUACCUGCAGGACUACAGCAGCAACUUCUACGUCCGCAACAGCACGCACAUUGAGGUCAAUGCUAAUCGUUUGGUGUGUGACUCACCUCAGCGGUUCAAAGGUCAUGCGCUCAUCCGUCUAGAACUGUUCGACUUGUGCUCACCUCUGACCCUGUUACAAAGCACCACCCCCCCAUCACUUACCCACCCCCCAACUACCAAGGAGGGGCACGGGUCGAGGGCAGGUGGCAGAGGCGAUGGACCUGUCUUUUGGCAUCCUCUGCCGACAAGUCAGAGUACGUCACUUCCAUUCCACCGUCCCACAACGCCACGAGUGUCCAUGGCCCCCACAAGCACCGAGGUCAUAGAGGUCACCGAGGUCACCGAGGUCACAUGGACCCAGUGGCAGGAUCAAGAUAGCAGCAGACACCGCCGUCAUGUCAGCGCCACCGGUGUGUUUUGCCUGUGGCUGUUUGCAGGCAGCGUGUUGUUGUGCUCAGUGGCGGGUGUGUCCACGUUCAUGACUCUAGCGAGAGUUGUCAUCUGGUACGGGGGGGCAUACAAGUCACUUAGAGCCACGUUGGCACUGAGGAGAGGGGCCCAGCCACUGAGGCUGUUCAGCAGUACGGCAAGACCAGAAAGUGGCACAAUGGCGGUUUAUCGUUCAGUACUCUUCGUCUCCCGUGAGAGGGGUGAAGCAGCAGAAAGGCAAGAAGGCGAGUGCGAGGAACCGAACACGGGAAGGGUGGUGUAUAGGACGACCUUACAACGGGCACUUGGGCGCCACACGGAGGGGGCUGGGUUGAGGGAACGCUUAAGCAUGAUUCUUCGUCAGGAGCGGGAGGGCCCUAGCGGAGGCAGGGAGGAGCAAGAUUGGGUGGUGGGGGUCUGGCAGGUGUCACCCGAGGACAGCAAUAGCAGCUGGGGAGUGUGGCUUUCACAGCACUUACCCAGCAUGCCUUGGCAAGUGCCCACACCCCCUGAGUAAUGUUAGUGCUCUACUUCCUACUGGGAACUCACUUGUUGGCUUAUGCUAAUGCUUCCAAAAUCCCAGAUUAUUUUCACACUUCCUGUUUAAGAUGUCACAUGAUUUAGCUUCAUUAUCUGAGGAAAUUAAAUAGAAACAACUUAAAAUUUGAAAAUUGAAAUCACUAUCUCAUAUGCAUAUGACUCCUAGCUAACAUUUUAUUUUGACACAUAUUCACACAUUAAACGUUCAAAAUUAUUUUCAAGCUUUCUUCUUUAACAUUUAUUGUUUUGUUUUUACUUUUAGGAUCAUUUUGGUUUCUGUGUGUGGACAUUUAAAUUAUCCAAAUUAGCUGUAUACAAAUGUCAAAUUAAAAUAUGUGGCUUCCUUCAAACAAUGAUUUGAUCGUUUUGUCCCUCUUUAGUGCUGAAAAAUGUUGUCUUUGAAACUGAACCUUUCACCAAAACAAGACCAAAUUCAUAACGUCUAAUUUAUUAUUUUUGUUUGUCCAAAGAAUGUGUAUGCUUACUUCGAGCUAGCGCUAGCUGCUAGCUGCUACCUGCGUGUUUUAAUCAGCACAGUGACGCUUCUUCUUGUGCGUAAAACCUCUAGUUGGUAAAAUUUUAUGUCGAUGUCAGCUUGGUAAUGAGGAAACGUCGAGUCUUUUUAAAAAAAAAUAACUUUACCUGAUGUCGCGUUGUGACUUCU